AUGCUAAUGACAUUUUGGGACAGAUUCAUCAAGGAAUGGCUGAGAUCGGCUAACACGAUAAUAGAGAGACUGCGGUUAAAGAGCGCGACGAUAAAGAUGCAAAUCAAAAAGGCUAAACAGCAGCUGAUCCAGAGAGAGGAGCUCGGGGAGGCGCUUCACGCCGUUGACUUCGAACAAUUGAACAUCCAGAACAAGGAUUACGCAAGGAUGAUCGAGGAGAAGAAUCGCUACGUGAUCGAGAUGAAGAGGAUCGCAGGGCACUACCAUUUGAAACUGACGCAACACAAACAGAAACUUAGCAACCUGUUGCUCACGUUGAACGAGGUGAAGAAAGAUAUCACACUGAAAAAGGAACAAAUCGAGGAAUUAGAGGCUGAACGCGCGAAUGUGGAAGUCGACGUGAUACGAAUGGACGAACGAUUGAAGAAUCUGCUUACUUUCAUGAACAACCAUACGGUGCCCGAUAUCCUAGAUUUCGUAAAAUUGACGGUGGAACUGAAGGAACUACAGAAGACCUACAAACUCUUAGAGAGGCGCAGAAACGUUGAGAAAAUAAUAUAUCAAACAUCCAAGAAGCAAAUUCGGAAUGUUAAACUUACUAGCAGUAGUAAGAUGAUGAAAAAGCUGAAACUGAUAUCCAAUACGAUAUUUCCGGUUGCACCGUACGACAGACCUUUGAUGGUUGUUAGCGAGAGCUGA